AACAUAACUAAUAACGCUAACACUAAGUAAAACUGAACAACAACAGCAUACACAAAUAAGCGCGGGGCUCGACCUCUAGUAUUAAUAACAGACGUUCCUUGUCAAAAAAAAAAUAAUAAUAAUAAGAAAAAGAGUUUGCGUUUGUAAAAGUAAUAAGUAAAAAUCUACUCUCUUUUUUUUACUGAAGUAGUGACUGUCUACUGACUAGAGAGACUUUCCACCGCACUCCUCCUCGCCUUGCUUUUAGGAUUCUCUCCUUUUUAGCUGCAAAUCUGAUUUCGAAUUAAAAAGAAGAAUCACCGCCGAAGGAAAAACAUGAGUGAGGGGAGGAGGAAGAAGAGUGUGAACGGAGGAGGCGCACCGGCGCAAACUAAUCACGACGAUCGGAGAUCUACUCUUCCGGAAGCUGAAGCGGCGGGGAAGCGAGCUGUAAUCAAGAGCGCUGACAUGAAGGAGGAUAUGCAGAAGGAAGCUAUCGAAAUCGCUAUCACCGCGUUUGAGAAGUACAGUGUGGAGAAGGAGAUAGCUGAGAACAUCAAGAAGGAGUUUGACAAGGUUCAUGGUCCUACUUGGCACUGCAUCGUUGGCCGCAACUUUGGUUCAUAUGUAACACACGAGACAAACCAUUUCGUUUACUUCUACCUCGACCAGAAAGCUGUUCUCCUCUUCAAGUCGGGUUAACAAUUCGGAAAACCUCAUCGUUGGAAAAGAUAUUUGUGAUGUUCAAUCAGCAUUAUCAUCGUCAUCACGUUGUAGUUAUAGUUUCUUGUUCUGUAUGUUAUGUGUUAAAAAAGGCUUUAACAAACAGAUUUGGAUAAUAAAAUUUUCUUUCGGUACGCA